GUGGAGACUCCGACACCUCCUCCUCCUCCUCCUACUGCUCCUGCUCCUACUACCGAGAGGAACCGAGCGGAGGACGCUCACCCAGGAAUAACUCCACUGCUUCAUGUCCAACAGGCAGUGCGGUGUGUGCGCCACUGGAAGUUUGAUGCCCGGGAGCAACAUUCCCAAGUUUGCGCGGAGCCGCAGAGGACAGUGAUCUCCUGACCUCCAGGGAUAACGUUGUACCGUCGCCGGACGCGGGACUAAUUGCGGGCGCUGAAUGAAACCAGUGGAAACGUGUUUGCACGCUGGUACCGAGGAGCUGCGUGUUCUGCCCCCGGCUGGAGAGUCGUACACCGGGUAAGGUUCGGAAAGAUCCUCAUGGAAACCAUGGGAAGUUUGGAAAUGGCAAUAAAAGAGCAGUAGACUUCCACAGGUUGUGUCCAGAGGGAUGUGUUUUUAAACCCAUGCUGCUGGGAGGUCAAGAGGUGACAUGCCUCUGUAAAACACCACUGGAAACAAAUGCUCUGCUGCCAUGCCUCCGGGGAUGGUGCGUGGUCUUUCAGUGUUAGCAGUCCGGGCACUGUUGUCUCUCCUGCUGCCAGCCAUUGGCUGGCCCUUGGUCUCAUUACCCAGUGGCAUUGUCCAAGGAUCAGACUCCUCCCCCUCAAGUCUUUAUCCCACCUUUAUCCGGAAUAACACCGUGUUUGAACACUUGGCCCUGCAUCCUAACCCCACCAUUGGUCGUGUCUAUAUUGGCGCUCGAGAUCACUUGUUCCAGUUGAAUCGAUUCCUCCAACCUGAACUCCAGGAUGACACUGGACCUGUCACAGACAGUCGGGAGUGUUUACCUCCUGUUACUAAAAGUAACUGCCCUCAGGCUCGGACCACCAAUAACCACAACAAGCUCCUGUUGGUUGAUCCUUACUCCAUGGAACUGAUCACCUGUGGGAGUGUCAACCAGGGAAUAUGUCAGAAACGUAACCUGGAUUCUGUGGAUGAAGUACUAUUCUCCACCACGAGGCCAGUGGAUACCCAAUAUGUAGCAGCUAACCACCCCAACGUUAGUACUGUUGGGCUUGUUGUAAGGUCAAAUCCUGCCAGGCAGCCAGUUCUGUUUGUGGGCCGGGGUUAUACCAGCAGCCAUCCACCUAUUUCCACAAGAAACCUAGCCCAGGAACCCAUCUUUUCUUAUGAGGAGACUGCUAAAUUGGCUGUGGCUGGCCGUCUCUCAGAAUAUGACCAUCAUUUUGUGGCCUCGUUUGCCCACCGUCAGCAUGUAUACUUCCUCUUCUACAGACGGGACCUCAAAUCACAAUCACGUGAAUACCGCACCUAUGUCUCUCGAGUAUGUUUGGACGACCAGUCCUAUUACUCCUAUGUAGAAGUACCUUUGACGUGCCGUUCCAGGCCAGGAAAAAGUUACAACUUGCUACAAGCUGUUCAGCUCGGGCUCUCCAAGGAUGACGCUGCUAAUCAAAGCUCUGACAUUCUUCUUGGUGUUUUCUCCACUCAUUUGGCUUCAUCAACUCGGCUUAGUGAAGACUCUGCCCUCUGCAUGUUUAAUCUAGAAGAUGUGGACCGCAGGAUUAACUCCACCAGAGACCUGUGCUACACACAGAUGGGUAAAGAAGCAGGAGUGGAGGCAGCCUAUAUUGAGUAUGAAGUCAAGUCCAACUGUGCCAACCUGCCAGAGAACACGCUGGACGCCUACCCCUGCGGCUCUGACCACACCCCUAGCCCAAUGGCCAGUCGAAUCGCAGUGGAGGCCGAAACCAUAUUGGACAGUCCAUCUGCCCGUCUCACUGCUGUGUCAGUCAGCGUAAGGGUGGGACAUACCAUCGCCUUCCUGGGAGACUCCAAAGGGAAUCUGCAUAAGGUGUUCUUGGGGCCAAAUGGUGAAGUGGAGGAGUACUCUGUCAUCUCCAUUCAGCAGAAUGCAGCCAUCAGCUCAGACCUCAUCCUUGACCAGAAAGAGGAACAUCUCUUCAUCAUGACCCAUAACAUGCUGCAGAAAAGGCCGGUGGCUGAAUGCCAGCAGCACCCAGACUGCAACUCCUGCCUGCUGGCCCAUGACCCCUACUGUGGCUGGUGUGUCCUGGAGGGAAGGUGUGUGUUGCAGUCUGAAUGCGCUCGUGGGAACCAGCCAGGUCAGUGGCUGUGGAGCUUCGACAUGGAGCAGCAGUGUCUGACCGUCCAGGAGCUCAACCCCUCCAACGUCAGCAGGGAGGAGAGCAGAAUGGUAUCUCUGUCAGUCCCAGGUCUGCCAGUGUUAGAGAAGGAUGAAUCCUACACCUGCUUCUUCCAGAAUAGCCACAGUCCUGCCACUGUCACCCAGACCGGGGUCACCUGCCAAUCACCCGACACCAGCAUGGUACCCAUGGUGUCUUCAGGACAGGACUUUGUCACAGUCACGUUGUCUCUUCGUUUCGGCGACGUCACGGUCACAUCAAGGGAUUUCAUCUUCUAUGACUGCAUGGCUGUGAAGCAGCUGUCUGGCAGCAUGCCUUGUCGUGGUUGUGUUUUGAGCCAGUGGGGCUGUAACUGGUGCGUUCACCAACACUUGUGUACCCACAAGCCCACCUGUGAGCAGGGAGUGAUCAUCUACAACCAACACUUUGAGCUCCCCACCUCAGCUCCUUCCCCAACUAAAACCAUUAAAGUCAUCACAACACCCAGUACCACAACAGCUGCCCCGACAACCGUCACUGUGACAACCACCGGGACACCUGCUACAACAACAACAACUGUCGCCACAACGACAACAACCGCAGCCCCCGUCACUGUAGCAACCACUCAUGAGACAACCACCCAUAUCCCGCCCACUAGUCCACCCACAACCACCAGCAGCCCUGAGCUGACCACCCUGCCCACCACCCUGCCCACCACCCAGCCCACCACCCUGCCGACCACCCUGCCCCCUCAGCUGGCCACCACCCUGCCACCCACUACAGCAGCCCCGACCACACCUCCAGAGGGCACCACCAUGAAGGAAGAAGAGACAGAAGUGGGAGAGCUCAUCGUUGUCACUCAGAGUGAAACCGCAGGUCCUGUGGUUACACCCACUGUUGCAGUGUGGGCUGCAGAGUUAGUGCCUGUCACCAUGGCUGAUGGUCUAAGUGGAGAUCUCGACCCUGCAAUGCCUCUGAUGAUCCCAGACUCCUUACCCCUGGAGGUGAUGACGGAGUCACCCCCCACCGACACCCAGGAAGCUGAGGGAGCACUGAGCCUGGCUGAGCCUCCCACCCCCACCUCAUCUGGCUUUCCCCUGCCAACGCCUUACCCAGUGGACGAACCAGUUUACUCUGAGCCCUCCCUCUACUUAGACCUGACCCAGCCGCCCAUCCUGAUGCCCACGCAGGACACAGAGGGAGGAAACCCUGCCGCUGACCCUGAGGUGCUCCUCUGGCCAACAGAAGAAGUGGAUGUCCCUGCUGAGGGAGCUGUCCAGUCAGAAAAUGACACAGCCACAUUUUCAGCUGCCACUGUGCUGUCAGGUGAUGGUGAGGUUGACCAGGCAGCCCCAUCGUACCCCCAUCUGUUGGAUACUGACUCAGAGCUGGACUACCAGUAUGAUUCGGCUGAUGCCUUCCUCCCGGGGGACGAGGGCUCCCUGGUCAGCUGGGGUUCCUCAGCUUGUCCCUGUGUGGAGAAGGUCCAGGGCUCGUCGUUGCUUCCUGUCAGAGUGGAGAGGAAGAUCACUUUACUAGCUCGCAACCUGCACCUCUAUCAGGACACAGACCUGGACUACGAGUGUGUGUUAGUCAUUGAAGGGCAGACGGUGGUGGUGGACGCCUACGUGGAAACUGAUGAUAUGAAUCCAUUCAACUUUGACAUUACCUGUCAGCUCCACCAGUACACAUACUCGGCUCCGGUGGAGGAAUACAACGCCAUGGUGUAUGUGAAGAGGAGGGACACCUUCCACGUGGACAGCUCUACUGAUCUCUAUGUGACUUUGUACAACUGCUCUGUGGGCCGUUCUGACUGCAGCCGCUGCCAUACAGCUGACCAGAAGUAUGGUUGUGUGUGGUGUGGCACUGCUCAGGCCAGCUGCUUGUAUUCAGACUCCUGCAGUGAACCUGCACAGCACACAUGUCCUGCCCCCGUUAUCCAUUCUAUUGAGCCGCUCUCAGGUUUGCUGGAAGGAGGCACCAAGGUGACCAUAUCCGGCUCCAACCUGGGCCAGAAGGCUGAAGACAUCCUUGACUCUGUAUUAGUAGCUGGAGUGGCCUGCACCGUCCUCCCCAGCUUCUACGAGGUCUCCUCCAGGAUUGUAUGCAUGACCAAAGCCAGUGGAGGAGAGAAGAUGGGCCAUGUUUCUGUGAAAGUCAGUGGAGGAGAGUUUGGUCGGUCCAGCCAGACAUUCAGCUACCAGGACCCAUUCGUGAUGGGAGUGUCUCCUCAAAGGGGGCCCAAGGCCGGAGGAACGUCCCUGACAAUCACCGGCCGAAACCUGCUGACAGGCCGCCCCUCUGACCUCAGCAUCACUGUAGGAGGAGUGUCCUGUAACAUUGUAUCAGAAGUGCAAAGUUCCAGUGUUCAGUGUGUGACUGGCAGCAGUAACAAGACAGGAGAUCAACGGAUCACCUUGCAUUACGGCACCAGUAAGCGUCACCUCCACUCUUCACCUUACCGCUACACCCACAACCCCAACAUCACCCACGCUGCGCCAGCCAAGAGCUUCCUGGAUGGUGGUCGACUGAUCUACGUGUCAGGCCACAACUUGGACGUGGUGCAGGAGCCCCGGAUGGUGGUGACUGUCUCUCCUUACGAGUCCAUCAGCCAGAGCAAAAGGAGAAGAAGGAAGAAGAGGACUACAAACGGGGAGGACAGAGAGAAGACACGAGGAAGACCAGUCAGGAUGGUUCCUGACCUUAUCUGUCCUGAAGACCCACUCUGCUCUGUCAAACAGUUCAUGGAACGCUGCGAGGUGAACUCCUCCAUCCUUAUCCUGUGUCGCUCACCAAUGGUGGACUCCUCCGUCUGGGGGUCAAAGGUCACAGUGGAGUUCCUGCUGGACAACCUGCACUUUGACUUCAGCAGAUUGAACCCACAGGCCUUCAGCUACGAGCCCAACCCCAACCUGCGCAACCUGAACCACCAGGAACCUCUGAAGGCCUACCGCUACAACCCCGGCAGCUUCAUCCAGCUGGAGGGAGAACACCUGGACCUGGCCAUCACUAAGGACGAGGUGGUGGUGUUGAUCGGGGAGGGUGUGUGUGCUGUGAAGACCUUGACCAGAAACCAUCUGUACUGCGAGCCUCCACCUCAGCAGCCCGCACCAGGGCCCAACGGCAAGAAACGAGAGGGUUCCGACAACCUCCCAGAGUUCACUGUCCAAAUGGGAAACCUGAACUUUUCUCUUGGUAAAGUUCUGUAUGACAACCUCAGCCCGUCUACCUUCCCCCUGGAGGCUCAGAUUGGAGUCGGAGUCGGGGCGUCCAUCGUGGCCCUCAUUGUCCUCAUCAUCGUGCUCAUCUACAGGAGGAAGAGUAAACAGGCCCUGAGGGACUACAAGAAGGUCCAGAUCCAACUGGAGAACUUGGAGACCAGCGUAAGAGACCGCUGCAAGAAAGAGUUCACAGACCUGAUGACAGAAAUGAUGGACAUGUCCAGUGAUCUGGUGGGCUCAGGGAUCCCUUUCCUAGACUACCGGAUGUAUGCUGAACGCAUUUUCUUCCCGGGCCACCAAGAGUCUCCACUGAGGCGAGAUUUGGACGUUCAGGAGUGUCGGCGGCAGACGGUGGAGCAGGGUCUGGUGCAGCUGUCCAACCUGCUCAACAGCAAACUCUUCCUCACCAAGUUCAUCCACACACUGGAGAGCCAACGGACGUUCUCUCCCAGAGACCGAGCCUAUGUGGCCUCCCUGCUGACGGUGGCGCUUCAUGGCAAACUAGAAUAUUUCACUGACAUCCUCAAGACUCUCCUGAAUGACCUGGUGGAGCAGUACGUGGCCAAGAACCCCAAACUGAUGCUGCGACGGACAGAGACAGUGGUGGAGAAGCUGCUCACCAACUGGAUGUCCAUCUGUCUUUAUGCUUUCCUCAGGGACUCAGCAGGAGAAUCUCUCUACAUGUUGUUCAGGGCCAUAAAACACCAGGUAGAUAAAGGACCAGUGGAUGCUGUAUCGGGCAAGGCCAAAUACACUCUCAACGACAACCGGCUGCUGCGAGAGGAUGUGGAGUACAAGACCCUGACUCUGAAUGUGUUGGUGCAGGGUGGAGGCGUGAAUGAAACCCAGCCGCUGCCUUCCAAAGUGCUGGACUGUGAUACCAUCACACAGGUGAAGGAGAAGCUGCUGGAUCAGGUUUUCAAAGGCACCUCCUUCUCCCACCGACCCCAUGCCGACUCACUGGACCUGGAGUGGAGGUCUGGUGUAGCCGGUCAUCUCAUCCUUUCAGACGAGGACUUGACUUCUGUGGUUCAGGGCAACUGGAAGCGCCUGAACACACUGCAGCACUACAAGGUCCCGGAAGGUGCAACAGUAGCACUGGUCCCUCGCCACAACAAACACAUUCACCAUGACAACCAUGACUAUGUAGCAGGAGAGAAAACGCCGAUGCUGGAGGAUGCAGAUGAGGGUGGAGUGCGGCUGUGGCAUCUGGUGAAAGCCAGUGAAGAGCCGGAGUUGCCCAAACACCGCAGAGGCAGCCUGAGGGAGAGGGAGAGGGCCAAGGCCAUUCCUGAGAUCUACCUGACCCGCCUGCUGUCCAUGAAGGGCACAUUACAGAAGUUUGUAGACGACCUGUUCACAGUGAUCCUCAGCACCAGCCGUCCUGUCCCGCUGGCUGUCAAAUACUUCUUUGACCUGCUGGACGACCAGGCAGGACAACAUGGCAUCUCUGACCCAGAGACAAUCCACAUUUGGAAGACCAACAGUCUGCCUCUGCGCUUCUGGAUCAACAUUGUGAAGAACCCUCAGUUUAUCUUUGACGUCCAGGCGUCGGACCAUGUGGACGCUGUGCUCUCUGUCAUCUCACAGACAUUCAUGGACUCGUGCACCAUCGCUGAGCACAAACUAGGACGGGACUCCCCCAUCAACAAGCUGCUGUAUGCCAGAGACAUCCCCCGAUACAAGCAGAUGGUAGAAAGGUACUAUGCUGACAUCAGACAGACCAUCUCAGCCAGUGACCAGGAGAUGAACUCUGCUCUGGCUGAACUGUCCAGGAACUACUCCGGAGAGCUGAAUUACCUGGUCGCCCUGCACGAGCUCUACAAGUACAUAAACAAAUACUAUGACCAGAUCAUCACAGCACUGGAGGAAGACACCACGGCCCAGAAGAUGCAGCUGGGCUACAGGCUGCAGCAGAUCGCUGCCGCUGUGGAGAACAAGGUCACUGACUUGUGACAGAGGAGACGCCCACUGGUGUGGCAGCAAACAGAGUGGGGUGGGAGUGUGGGAGGCUAAAUUAAGAAUCCUGCACUCUGCAGGUUGAACUGAGAAGCAGGAGAGCGACGGACAAAUGGGAAGACUUUUGUUUUUGAGGAGGAGGGAUCGGAAGCGAGGGGCUUUCAGGUGUUUAAUUUUAUUUGAAAAAAACAUUUUUUUCAGAUCAGAAGAUUUUAGUUGGCAUUAAAGUUCAUGUCCCAGCACCGUUUGUCCUUUUGUCAUCGGGGGUGCAUCUGUGCAGUCCAGAGACUGAAGAAACGGAACAGCACGUGGACACUGAACAGACCUGGACCAGGAGACACCAGUCAAGCCUGCUGCCAUGCUGAAUAUGAGGAGGAAAUUUGGAUGAGUAGAAAAAAUGCUGGACUUGACUCUGUUGUCUUACACAGCAGCUCUCGUGUAAAAGAAAGCAGCUGAUGUGAUCCGAACAGAAACAGGGAUUUGACGUCACUGUUUCCCCCUCUGUAGUAAAUUUCACCAAGAGGUACCUUUUUAAGCCUUGUGUGCUUGUCACUGCUGUAUGAUCACAAAUCUGUGUGUGUACGUGUGUGUGUGUGUGCGUGCGUUAGUGUUCGUGUUGCUCUGGUUGUCAGUCUCCAUCUUGCAUUUGUGGCUCCUCCUACAAAAAACUGAAGUCAGUGGUGGUGAUGUUUUGGACGAUACAGGGGGAAAAUGCAGUGAACUCAUCUGUAAGUCACCAGUUUCACAUGUUCUAAGAAGGAAUCCUGCCACUCUCUACCUCGCCUGCUGUGCUGCAUUACACUUGCCCUCAUUUCUGUGAUGUCACAACCCCAAGAAGAUAACACUAUGUAACGAACAUCCAGCUGAAACCACCAGUUCACGUCUGUCCUCGCACACAUACACAGCAACACCUGCUGGACAUCUCAUUUGGAGCGGUACGCACGCACACAGAAACACACACAGAUAUGUCAGACAUUUGUAGUUGCUCAUUUUUCCGCUUUUGUAUAAGAUUACGAGUCAGAACCUGCUUGUCGGGGCAUUUUAAGGUACUUAAAAACAGACUAAGUGACACUUUACUCUUUUUUUUUUUUUCUCGCUUUUCGACUUAUUCUUGUGGGUGUGUGUAUAAUGUACAAGUCACUGGAAAGAUGUUAGUGGAAAAACAGAAAUCCUUCCAUAAAAGAAACUCAUAUUAAUGAAGUGGAGUCCUAGUGCGUGCUGUAGUGUUUUAUUGUGUAUUUUUCGAUUUUGUACAUUUUUUUAACAUUCCUUUUAGGAUUUGAACAAUGUCUUAAAUCAUGGUUCACCUUGUUCUCCUUCAAGCUGAGGCAGUGGUACAUGUCUUUUAUUUUGUUAUUGGCAUUACGGUUGGUAUAAAGUUCUUGUAUUGAACACAAGGUGGCACUGCUUCACGUGCUGAAGGUCUGUAUGGCAUUUUGUUAUGUCAACUUGUUCCAGGUUAUGUAUUGAUUAUACUGCUACUGGUUCAGUAGGUGUAGUCGACCUCGUCACACUGUUCUGCUUCCCGCUUGGAGCACAGAGACUUUUCAUACAAGCUGAUGUUUGCUGAUGUUUUAUUUUUAUUUAAAUGACAAAGACUGAUACGUUUUCCCUUUUUAAAAAAGUGUUUCCUAACUACCCUGUAUGGUUGGGGUGGUGCUUCAUUUGUUUUGGAGUCAUAGAGAUUACUGACUGGGCUCAGCAAAAUAAAUCCAUGUCGACUGGGAGACAGACUUUAACACAACACAGCACAGGUACAGAUCUGAUGCUGGUUUUAGAUUUCAGAUAGUUGGAUGUACUGAACACAAACGGCUGUUUAAGAGUUAAACUACACAAUAUUUAUAAGAAGACCAGACUGAGAAUCAGACUAAAUACAGUGCCAACUAUAAUAUUCAAGACACAGUUCAGUCACCACCUCCCCAGUGUUGAGGUUUGAGAGCCUGCCCUGCUCAUCAGUGAUGUGCGUCCACUGAGUGUGUCAUUCCCAGGUCUUGGAGCAGCGUGUCAGAAUGUAGCCCCUAGGUUUAUCACUACAAAAGCUAAUGAUUCAAAUGAACAGAUGGUUUGCUGUGUCACAUGCUGUCAGCUCAGAUGGGACUGAGAGCUCAGUGAUGAUACAGACAAAUCGGCCUGAGGGAAAACUCUUAACUUUUAUUAGGUUGUAAAAACUUGGCAAUGUAAAGGAGGCUCUACAGGGAGCCACUUUAAGGAUAUUUCUUAUUUUGUGUGUUAAUAUCAUGCUGAUUUCAAAUGUAACUGUAGCGAUUUAACAUGUUUAAUAAGAAAGAGUGCAAAUUCUCACAUAUGCUGAUGUAAUAAAGUAUUCUUAAAAUGA